AUGUCCCUUGGACUCAGUGGAUCACCGAUCCACAGACAGAGCCGAAAACGUCGGCUCGGUCAUGUGAUCAGCUGUGGCACUGAUGAUCAGUGUGCCCUGAUCAUCAGUGGGCCCCAGAAGUGCCACCUGUCAGUGUCCAUCAGUGCCAGCUGUCAGUGCUGAACAGUGCCACGUGCCAGUGCCCAUCAGUGCCACAUAUCAGUGCCCAUCUGAGCUGCCUUUCAGUGUCACCCAUCAAUGCCAAUCAGUGCCACCUAUCAGUGCCGCCUAACAGUGCCAGUCAGUGCCGCCUAACAGUGCCAGUCAGUGCCAUAUAUCAGUGCUGCCUUUCAGUGCCCAUCAGUGAUG